AGCAGGCCACGGGGCUGCUUGUGCAAAUCUAAUCUCACUACCUGCGAGUUAUGCAAUGCAACUCCACGUUAGACUUUCUUAAUUCAAUCUGCACCGUGGUUUGGAAGUCUUUUUACUAGCAAAAUUGCUAGUGCGGACAGAAUAGUGGGGUUUGCUUAAUGAGUCCUUUUACGUUUUUUCUUCAUGGUGAUAAAGAAAAUGGAAAUCAUCCUGCUAUAAAUGAGCAGAUAAUCAAUUUUUAAAGCUUCUGUAAUUUUGUAGCCAAACGAUGUUACUCUCCUCUUCUCUGCUAAACCCCUCAACCCCAAAGCUUCCAUCUUUCCCCUCCUUUCCUAUCCCUAACAAUCCCAUCUUCUCGGUUCCCCCAAAACUCCAUUUCCCCACCAAAUUCUACUCCCUUUCUCCUUCCUUUCUGUCUUCACACACCUUUCCUCCGAACGACGACGUUGAUGGUGAAGACCAUGUCGUUGGCGAUUGUCUUGUCUUUGAAGAUGGAGCAUUUGAAGACCCCUAUCUCCAGUCCGAUUUCAAAUUCCACAAUCCUGAGACAAAAAUUAAAUCGUCAAAAACCAAAUCCAGGAAGAAGAAAUUGACGGAAAUUAAGCCGGAGAACUUAGUGCCGGAGCAAUGGAAACAUGUUCUGGACGAGGUCAAUAUCACCAAGAAAGAAAGGCGCAAGAUUGCGCAGCAAUUGGAGUUUGGGAGCAGAGUUGAGAAGAAGAGGAGAGGGAUGGUCCCUAUAAGGAACGUGAAUGUGCAGGAAUAUUUGAAGUCUAAAGCUGAGAAGGUGGCUCAAUUGAAUCCGGUGGUUCUCGAUAACCCUUCCAGCUUUCCUGUGGAGGAGGAGAGGAAGGAUUCAGUGGGGACAGAGGAUGAAAUGGAUGGGCAGUCGUCCUCCAGUGAGCGUUUGGCUUCUAAAAACCCGAGGUGGGCAGUUUAUGGGAAGGGUUUUGAGUAUGUUAACCAGGUCUUCAAUAGUGGGAUAUAUCAGCCUGGUGAUAAAAAAUCUGAUGGCACGCGAAAGUUGUUUACCAAAGAAGAAAAGGUGAUGUUAAAUAUGCGUGUCCCAGAUGUUGCGGCAGCUACCUCUCGCAAAUGGCUUCCUCUUCACACACUUGCUGCUGCAGGGGAGUUCUACCUUGUUGAUUCUCUGUUAAAACAUAAUAUUGACAUCAAUGCCAUGGAUAAGGAUGGUUUGACUGCACUUCACAAAGCAAUAAUUGGAAAAAGGCAGGCUAUUACCAACUUCCUCCUAAGAGAAUCAGCAAAUCCUUUUGUUCUUGAUGAAGAUGGAGCCACGUUGAUGCAUUAUGCUGUCCAAACAGCUUCAAGUCCAAUUAUCAAACUGCUUCUGUUGUAUAAUGUUAAUAUAAAUCUUCAGGACAAUGAUGGUUGGACACCAUUACAUCUUGCUGUUCAAGCCCGAAGAACUGAUAUUGUGAAGCUUUUAUUAAUUAAAGGAGCAGAUAAGACAUUGAGAAACAAGGACGGCUUAACCCCGCUUCAUCUUUGCCUUUACUCUGGUCACGACACAAGAACUUACGAACUGAUCAAGCUGCUGAAAGAACUUCCUAGGUCACACCGAGCCACUUUGAAGAACUGAUUCAAUCAACCAUUAGUUUCAGCCAUCCAAGUGCUCAGGAUAUCCAGUUUUAGGUAGUGAAAGUCCCAGGCAGUGCAUGAUUCUUCCAAAUGGAUUGGAUCACAGGAUGGAGUUUCCCAUUUAGAAUGAGAAAUUCCCUUUUUUUUUUUUCACCCAAGUGUUAUGUCAAUUCGCUCUUAGCUUGUAGUUUGUAAUUACCAAAGCCUUAAGUAAUCUAUUAGUCUUCAUUUUCCCUAACAUCUCUAUUCUGUGCAUUUUAAUAAAGUUACUUGGAGUGC